AUGGAAGUCUCCAGCGCCUCGCAUCCACAAGGCCACUUCCCCUUUAUGUCCCUACCCUUGGAGCUCCGCCGGAAGGUCUACUACUUUGUAGUCACUAGGACACGUCCAAUCAAGCUUAAGAUCAAUUACCACGGACUUGCUACCACCGAUACCAUAGGUCCAGGCCGGGUCAGAAUGUACACCGCCCAGGACUUCCGAAUGCUGGAAACCAACAUUGAGUUCCGCAAAGAGUUGAGCAACGCACUGUACGCCAAGAGUACCUUCGAUCUUUCUCUGUGGUGGCAGGAGACCGAGAAAGGAACUAGAUUGUUCCAGAUUGAUCCUAGACGAAUCAGGAUCUGUCGACUCUUCAUUCACAACCUGGCAAAUACCAUCUACACUCCCCACAGAGAUGUGUGGGGUGGAGCUUUCCCGCUGUACUGGCACCAUCAUCUCCGAGCCUUUGUUGCUACCCUUGUCUUCAAUGGGCAUCAGAUUGAAUCCAUGUUAGUCGAGUGUGAGGAACAAGAUUCGAAUUGGCUCCUGGAGUGCCUACGGCCAAUGGCUAUGCUAAGAAGCUUCGGCUUGGUACAUUUCCGCUCUUGUCGUCGCGAGGUACAUCCUUACUUCCGAUUUCUCGAAGCCUAUAUGAUGAGCGAUCGCGAUGUGCCUUUCAGAGAUUGGCAAGGAUUUCGGAAGCAAACUGAACCGUGGCGCCCGCAUUUUCUUUCCGAGGAAGCAAGAAGGGGUCCGCCACCACGAAGCACAGACAUGACGGACGAAGGCGUGACGAAAUCGAAGGAAGAGAUGGAGGCUACGGCGAGGACUCUGUAUGCGAUACUUUAG